GGACUUCAUAACUAGCUGUAGUCGCACGACCAUAGGCACCACUCUUGAUUGUAUCAUCUGUUAUUAUCAAUCCCAGCUUGAAAAAAAUGUCUCCCAUCGCCCAUAGUGCAGUCAAGUUCACGCAGAGGAUCAGAAACUCUAACCUUCGUCACCUAACGCUCAAUCUGAUCCACGAAGCCACUAAGCAGCCUGAACUAGCCCACUUCACCGUCGCCAAGCUCAAGAAUCCUACCCACACAAGCCAUACCGACUCCAAGCAGCACACGACAGUCCUGUUGGCUACUGAAGAACAGGCCAAAACAAACAAAUCCCACACUGUUCACAUCUAUCACGACGAGAUUGGAAACUACACUGGUCAUCGGAUUUAUCCUGAGAGGCAGAACAAAGAGUCUGAUGGAUAAAUUCAGUGGCCAAUUCUUCUUGGCUGGAGAAGGGCUUCUUGUAUUAGAUGGGAGUCAUAGAGGUUCAAGGUAGUGUUCAAAUACACAACAG